AAUUGUCAUAGAACCUUAACGUUUAUUUGCUUUACUAAAAAUAUAAAAUCUAUGAUAAAUCGCGUUUAAUAUUGGUCAAUUUGGGAGCAGGGGCGAAACGAUGAUUUCAAGACGCAUUGCAGGUGCGCCGAUUACCUAAAUACUUUGGGUGUGUGGAGCGCACUUGUGCGUUGACCAUGAUGUCAUGUACGGAAAUUCGUAACUUAAAUUUCGCCUUUUUUAAAGUUACGUGUAAACUAAAUGUACUUUACUUGUUAAAAAGGCGCUAUAAAGACGACGAGAUAUCUCCAGUAGGCCGUGGCGCUAAUAAGGAAGUUAAAACAACAUCUUCAUUAUUUAGCAUACAUGUGUCAAAAACAGAUCUGUGGACUUUUGCUGUUUGAAACAUUUGGUAUAAGAUCUUAAAAGGUUUUAGGAUCAAGAAACAUCAACCGCUGUUUGCCUUUAUCAAGUUACCAUGAAAUGCUCAACCUUUUACAUGAAGUUUCUUUUGGUUGGCUCUUUGGUAUUAAACUUCAUAUUAUGCUGGCAACUUAUCACAAGUGGUACCGACAGACUAACGGCAAGAUCAGACACUAUUAAAAGCGAUGGUGAAACGCAGGACCCAGCAGAAGUGGUGCAGUUUGAACAUCCAACAGUGGAAAAAACACAGCUUGUCCAAGACGAAAAAACGGAAAACAAGCAAGAAUCAAGAGAAGAUAUCUUCUUUAACCCCAUCCAGACUGGAAAAUUGUUGGAUAAAACGUUCCAGAUACAGGAAUUAGUUUUUCAUCACAUACAACAACUACGUAACAGUGAAAAUGACAAAGAAACUGUUUUACAAAACAUGGAGAGGUUAUUUGAGCCGCUGAAAAAUGAUCUUUUAAACGACCAAGAAAUAAUGCACGAACAAGCCAUGAAGUUGGCCGCUGUUGAAAUAGAACAACUUAACAAAGAAGCAAAAGCAUUUAUACAAAAAACACAAAACCCUCAAGAUUGUUCCAAAGCUAAAAAACUGCAUUGUAAAUUCGGGGACCAGGCAUGUGGCUUUGCGUGUAUGUUUCAAGAAUAUGGAAUCUGCAUGUUCCUUGGUAUAGGUAGUGGCCGCGUUGUUGUGUGGGACUUAAACGACAUGCUUUCUUACCCGGGCCUCAAAGAAGCAUAUCGUGAUCCAAGCGAUACGUGUAGUGAUCUAAAUGGUACAGAAAAUGCUGUCCAAUGGAAAGGAGAAUUAGCAAACGGAGGCAACCAAAACGAAGAUAUCGUGAAAGUUACUAUGAAUAACCCUUACCAAAAUGGCAACACAAACUUUGUUCCUUGGAAAGUACCGGACAAAUUCCUAGAACGCAUACAACGUGUGCAUUCAAGCCCAAAUCUGUGGUGGAUAGGCCAUGUCAUGUCUAAUAUGCUGAGACCUUAUCCCCACAUUCUGGUGGAGUUUGAAAACAUACAGAAAGAAAUCAAAUUUGCUUCACCAAUAGUGGGAAUACACUACCGUGACGGUGAUAAAGUAACUACCGGUGAAAGUGAAAGUCAUGCACUUGAAGAUUACAUGCGCCAUGUUAUCCACUGGUAUGAGAAGUACCAACUACGUCACCCUGGAGAGAAAAUUGAUAAGCGUGUGUAUUUGGCUGCUUCUACUAAACAGAUAUUUACAGAGGCAAAGGAAAAGUAUCCUGAUUUUCAGUUCAUAACAGCACCCGGAUAUGUUACUAUGAACUCACAGGACAGGAAACACCCUGCGGCAGUUAAAAGUAUCAUGUUUGACACCUACACAUUAGUGGCAUGCGAUUUCCUUGUUUUAACAUUAUCGUCAAACGUUGGUCGACUUGUAGAUGAACUUCGACAGACCAUUUUCCCAGACCCAAAUUACAGUCUUGUUUCAAUUGAUGAUCGGUACUGGUACUACGGCGAGGCUCCACAGUUUGAGAUUGCGAUACAAUCGCAUACACCUCCUUCCCCCUGCCCUAAGGUUGGGUAUGGUGGUAAAAACUUUUAUGACUUUGUAAAUAAGGUACGGAAAAUAACUUGUGAGAUGGCAUUUGAUGUUGGCGACAUUAUUGAAGUGUAUAUUUGGAUGAACAAGGGGUACUUGUACGGUGGGCUUAAUCAAAGAACAGGAGUUGUUGGACUAUACCCAGCACAUAAAGUGAAACCUAGAUUAGCUUCAGCACCCUACCCUAUUUAAAUCAGACAUUGUGGUGUUUGUGAUAUAUAGUAGGGUGGGGGAAGAUGGGACACCUUUAGCCCUUAAUAUUCAAAAAUCCUGAUCGUGUUUUAAACAACUAACAACGGUCUAUGGGAGUUAUGAGAAUACGGUUUUAUAUUUCUUUGAAUGUUCCUUGUUUACCACCCAAUUAGACGAGAAAUAAGAAUGAACAUGUGUCCCAUAUUCCCCCACCCUACUAUAAUUACUUUUAGGCCAAUUCUAAAUACGGUUUACUAAAAAUAACUUUAAGUAUCUUAACACAUUUUGCAUUCGCUUCAUUAUGUUCUAAAGUUCAUUUAUUUCUAAUUUUAAGCCAAUUCCAAAUAUGGUUUGUUUUAACUAAAAAUUAAAUAUAACUUAACACAAAGUGUAUUCGUUUCUAUUAGGCUUCUAAAGGUAAUUUUUUACGUAUGCGACUCUUUUAACCGUUUUUACUGCGUUUUUUUUACAAGGAAAAAAAAGAAAUUUGCUACAUAUAUACAAUUUGUCUGCUGCUUUUUCUGUUUUUUUUUACGCAACGGUUUUCACACAACGUUCCGCAAUAACGUAUUUGUUGUGUCCUAAUUGACACAGAAGUGCAUUUAUUUGCGAGUUGCACAGUUUUAGAACUUUUUAACAUCGAUUUUAGUACACAGAAAAUAUGAAAUCUGGUAUACAUAGCCUAUAUAAUUUGGUUGUUGUUCUUUUUGUUAUUUCUGCCAAGAAUAUAAAAUCAAAAGUUGCAUGCCGGUAGAACAUAUUUUUGUGUCCUAAUUAACUUAGAAGUGCAUUCAUUUAUGCGUUGCACUAUUUUAUAGCUUUUUUAUAGCGUUUUUUUUUGCACAAGAAAUAAUAAAAUCUGAUACUGUAUAUUUAUAAA